CCUACCUUGCCUAGGUACCUAAGACUCCGGAUCUUAUCAACAGCCAUCUAGAUUCCCUUGUUUUGUUUUCGGCCUUUUCAUCCUCUUUCUGGUUCGCUCUCGUAUAUCUCCAUGCACUGAUUGAUGCACAUGGCGCCCAUGUUCUUGGGACUAUCCAGUUAAUUCUCGCUGCCUUGGGCCGCCUUGUUCAUCCUUUCUUUACAUGAGGCAGAAGCCUGAAGUGCCAAACCUCCUCCUCCGUCGCUCUGAAACCCCCUCCAUCGAUCAGGCUCUGGCUGUAUAAGCGUCUUGUUAGCAUAACAGAGUCAUCCUGUCUAACAAACGUCAGGCUGUCGCAUACCAAGUGGCAUCUUUCCCAAUUCUCGAGAAAACACAAGCUGGAAUUAUCCUUACAUCGACAUCUCCAACUCGCCCGCAUCGAUCCGACCACCACAGGCGUCCCGUCUGCGUUCGUCUGCCGUCAUCAGCUACGCAUUAUCCGCCGUGGUCCCACACCGCCGACUAACACCACAAGGCACCAUUCCCGACGAGCCCACUGGAGUUGCAAUAACCUUUUCGAAACAACUUUUGGGGGCGUGGGAUAGACCGCCAUGUUCUCAGAAUAUGCGUCAAAGUUCCUCUCCCAGUCACAGUCACGGUUGUCCAGCUUUGCCGGGCAAGAUAACAACGACCGGCCUUCGUCUCGCCAACCAGGGGGCUGGACCGGCAGAGGCAGAGGACUGAGUGGGCGCUCCUACUACAGAGGCGCCACAGGCAACCCUUAUCAACCGACUGGCUCUCGCUUUGGUACCCUUGCCGGAUUUGGGUCUCGAUACGCCCAGGAUGCGCCGCUUUUUCAAGCCGCUGUUGAGCAAGAGGAGGAGGACGAGGAGGAGAGAGACCGGGAGGCUGCAGAUCUGUUUGCACUGCAACGCUCCCGUCGCGUGAUACCUGCCGCCCGGUUGGAAGAUAGCACCGAAGCCGAGGAUGAUGGGAGUGCUUCGCUAGAGAGGAGUCGGGGAUACCAAGACGCCCUCGGAACUCGCCUCCACGGCAUCAGAAGCAGUUGGAACGACUCUACAAGUCUAUCCAAGCGUGAACACGACCGCCGACAAGGAGGGAGCAAGUUAUUUGGGAAGCACAAACGCCAAGGCUCGGAUGAGGAUGACAGCACUAAGGGGGCCAUGGAAGACGUAGGACUGCAGUCAACUAUUGCCGAGGAUGAUGAUGACCCGCCAGAGGAUCUGUUGGGUGAGGCUUCUAUGGGCAGCUCACCACCGGCUUUCCAAAAGUUCAAGUCACGGCCGGCAACGCAGAGAUAUUCAACCAGGAGAAGUUCGGUUCAGGAUUCGGAGGCCGGUCUAUUGCACGAGUCGCGAAGGUCGUUCGACGGUGGAUUGCCACCAGAUGCUGGGCUAACACCAGCACAACCGGUUGCGGAUGGGGAAAUAUUUGUCCAUGAUCCUUUCUUCGCUUACAUAUUCUUGAUUGCGUUGGCUUCCUUGUUUGCGACAUUUGUGCUGGUUUACCUUCACACAAGCGGGAAGCGGCCACUCGGCGACACCAUUUACAACACCAUAACCAAAUCUUUCAACCUACUAGCUGUCGACACAUUGGUUUCAAUGGUUGUCGCAUUUGUGUGGUUGGCGACUCUGCGGGCGUACAUCAGGCCACUGGUUUACUUGAUCUUGGUGUCCGUGCCGAUUAUCAUGACCGCCUUCUCCCUGUAUCCCUUGAUCUUGAGUUUCCGCUCAACGAGCGGAAGUACCCGAGCGCAGGAUACCGUCAUGAGGUGGGCUUCCACUGUCCCAGCUGCUGCGGCCGUGAUCUGGAUAUACAUGGUCUUCAAGGGCCGCCUUGCGAUUCGAUCAGCCAUCCAUAUCCUGGAGUUCUCGAGUCGUAUUCUUGCGGCAAACUCGCCUUUGAUGUUGGUUGGUGUAGGAUGCCUGGCCACGGUAGUGCUCUGGACCUGGGUCUGGUUACUCAUGUUUACCAGAGUCUUCCUGGGCGGGAGUUUCUCCAGCUACCUAUCGCGUUUUAUCAUCAGUGCGUCCAGUUGGUGGCUAGGCAUCUACUUUGUUCUGAUGUACAUCUGGACCUUGUCGAUCCUCUCCGGCAUCCAGCGAGCCACGACGGCGGCGACGGUAUCGCAAUGGUAUUUUCAUCGCAACGCGGUCCCAGCAGCAUCAUCCAAGGACGUCGUCUCUGCCGCCCUGGGCCACGCUCUUAGCACCAUCUUUGGCACCAUCAGCAUGUCGACACUGAUAGCGCUAGCCAUCCGCCUGCCCCUUCUCAUAUUACCCUCUCGCGCUGCAAACAUUCUCAGUAUGAUUGUUUACUCGUUCGUUCCUACACCGAUUGCAGCUCUUACGAACCCGUUGACUCUCACGUAUGCCGCCAUCCAUUCCGAGUCCCUCGCGGUUGCCUCUCGAGGCCUUAGCCGAAUGGACUUCCUUGCCCCUCAGCGACCCACCACGACGCUCACACCAGUCGCUCUACGAUCCGACACUCACAACUCUCCACUCCUGCCAUAUCGGCUAGCAAAGCUUAUCUUGCAUGCUACGCGGUUCAUAAUGGCUACCGCGCUCGGCUUUGCGGGUUGGGUCAUGACGGCUCGACAGCUGACGGUUGAACGACCCGAUGGGACCCUGGGACUUAAGGGGAGCGCGUACGCCUAUGUCGUGGGUAUGGUUGCCAGCUUUAUCGGAUGGGGCAUCCUAGGUGCAAUGGAAGGUAUUCUGAGUGGUAUCGUCGAUGCCGUUGUCAUCUGCUAUGGUAGCGAAAGGGGAAUGGCUUCAGGCGGUUACUGUAUGGAGGCCGCGCAGCUCUUUGGUUCUUUCAAUGGAUCCUACGGUAGGGGCAGAGAUGAAGAGGACCGCCGCGAGGUUUACUAGGCGUCCAAACCUGACGAGUGGCAUACUCCAUGGAAUGGAGGCAUAGCAUUUGAAUGAUGAUGGAACGAAAUAAGAUGACGCAUUACGAUGGGAUGGUUUGGUUCAAUACUUUUCGGGACUUUACAACUGGUCGAAAGCGCAGACAAUAUGAGACGGGAAAGGUUACGGAAUGGUUACGGAGACUGCACAGGUAUUGCGAUUUCGCUGGGUCUUUCCUCUGCGUUUGUGAGCAUAAUUGGAGUAGAGGAAACUGGCCUAAACUGCAUUGUUAUGGUGACCAAAUGGGCAAUCAUGGUUUUAUAGACAAGUGUCAGUAUAAACCGACGCAAGGUAGGCUGUAGUUCGAAGAGUUGGUUGAUGCUGGCUCUGGGUUAGGGUUAAUGAUUGAAACAUAGCGACUAUAUGAAGAUACCUAUGCCACCACGUUGUGCGGAUCUACAUUGAAUUAUAGAUAUCAGUCUAAUGGAAGAAUCUAGCAAGAUAUAG